AAAUAAUAGCUAGGUAACAAACCCAAGUACGAGUAGUGAAGAAGAGAGAGAGGCUGAGCUGACAAGACAAAAGCGCACACUAAUAAAUAAUUAAUCGUUCAAAAACUCUUAAAGAUAUAAUGACAACUGAGCUCUGAUCUUUCGGAUCUUUUAGUGUUAUAUUCAACCUCUCCCACCCCUGGAAUCUCCACAACACUGCAAACUACCAUUACAAGAGUGACUCCCGUUUCUUUUUUAAGGUUAGCUGGAAUAAGUUGUUCUCUUGUUAAGCAAGGAUUGACUCUUUGCAUUCCCAACCAAUCUCUGUUGUUGCUAGUGUUUUUACCAACCCUGUAUUGUCACCCACUAUAUACCCAAUUAUUGUCCAUAAUCUUGCUGCAUGAAUUUCCUGGUGAUCAGUGUUAGAAAGUCAAAUUAUUUUUGCUCGUGUUACUUUAUUGAAAGUUAAUGUCAUUUGAAUGCAUUGUCAUCAUCCACUUAAGGAAUAGCUAAAAUAUGUAAAAGGAGAGCUAGAGGAUUUGCAUUGUCAGCUUUGGGAAUUGCAUCUGUCCACCAGGAAAGAAGAAAAAGACAUAUCCUUGAUCUGAAAAUAGUGGACAAAAUAUGAGUCUAGCAUGUCUUGUAUGCCACAGCGUAGAAAGUCCAUCACACUCCUUUAGAAGCUACUCAGUCUCAAGUUCAGACAACGAAGGAAGAUGUUCUGCCAUUGCCAACUGCAUAACUCGGAAGUUAUCUCUUCCUCCUCCCAGAGCAAACUCUUCCUUUGCAUCAUCAUCCAAAGUGACCCCACAACCAUCUAGUCCAGGUAAUGAUGACAUGACAGGACCCCCGCGACUAGUACGUAGUCGCGCUGUGAGAAGAGACCUUGUAAGAGAUUGGAAUUUUGAUGGGUUUGUGAUGGAGCGAUAACUACUUUGAGAAGGAAAACUGCCGUUCUCUCUGCUCAUGUGAUAGCUUUAGAGAUUUAUCUUGCUGUCUUUCCUUUAUAUUUUUUUUGUUAUGGAUGCAGUUAAGCUCGCUUUUCCACUUGAAGAGUUUGCGUUUGUGACCAUCUUAGGAAAAUUAAAUGUGAAAUCUUGUUCAUAUUUCUUUUCUAAUGGUCCGCCAUUGCUGGUCUUAAUUUUUGUAUCUCAGUUGGGUUUUUUUCGCUGA